AUGUUCAAUGUUAGACCGGAAAUAUCCGUUAAGGGGUACUUACAACCGCUUCCUUUUGAUUCCACAUCUUUUAAAAAUAAAUUUCCAAGUUCUUCUAUCUGGUUUUGAGGCACGGACAUCGUAUCCAGCAAAACUCUCAAUUAAAACCUCUAAAAUUACGCUUAGCUAUUACGAUUACAAAUCUACUCGAGGAAUUUUACAGCAUAAAUAUAUUUCUGUUCACAUAUUAGGUACAAGAAGAUUAUAAAAAACAAUAAAAAAACUGGACGUUGAAAAAAGUCAAACUUGUAUUUUCAAGGUUAAGCGAAUUCACCGUUGCCAGAUGGGUCGGACAGGAUUUCCCCGGAACACCCUCAAAAACCCCAGCAUAGCUACUUUUUCAAAAAAAAUCCCUUAAAUCACACUGCAACGGAAAAGGGUAGGCAGUUGAAAAAUCUGAUUAACAAAGUAUCUUUGGGAUCCUUAUUCCAACCGCGGUGCACUGGCAUUAAGGGAUUUCCAAGUUUUCCACUUGAAAUAGCGCAACAUUAAAUUCAGUAGAUCCGAUGGAGAACCAAAAGCAAAUAUAUCUAACUUCCGACCGAUUAUGCAGAACCUGCAUGUGUAUAGUGGUGCAGAUGUCAUUAUUUCUUUAUUCGAUGUGAUUGAUAUUGGGGAAAAGAAGGAAACCUUAAGCUUCAAACUUGUAAAAUGCACUUCUAUCCAGGUUACCAGAAAUGAUAUUUACCCUCAACAAAUAUGUCAAAUCUGCUUGAAACGGCUGCUAGACACAUUUUUAUUUAGAGAAGAUUGUCACAAGAUACAUCGAAAGUUUGAAGAGCUGUUCCAAAGUCAAACCACCUUAUUUUGCGAUGAUGUAUUGGACAUUAUAAACAACGAUACUGGAAAUGUUCUAGCAAAAAAUGAUUGUAUUUCUAAUAAUGUCUCAAUACAAAGUGUAACUAAUCGUAAGAGUAUUCAUGUCAUAGAAGAAAUUAAUGUAAAACUAAAACCUGAACGAUUUGAAGAUAUCUGUGUGGAAUCUGACCGUAACAUAACUGAAGAGACUGAACUUGCCGAUUUAGAUUUUAAAUAUGCUUGUUCUAAAUAUGACAAGACUUUUUGGACAGAACACACCUGGAAAAUGCACGAUAAUGUCCAUGCUAAGAGAAAACUGACAAAAUGCGGUGUCUGUGGAAAAGCAUUCACGAGGCCUGCAGAUGUGAAACGUCACAUGUCAGUUCACACGGGUCUGAAACCGUACACUUGUGCCAUUUGUCAAGCAUCUUUUACACAAUCUGGAACGUUGGCUACGCACAUGAAGAAACAUGAUGAAUUUAAAGGAUUGAACACUAUCAAGAAAAAGAUGGAGCAGAUGGCAUAUCUUUGCUCUCACUGUGGGAAAGAAUUUAAACAUUGUUCUAGUUUGAUUGCCCAUGUUAGAGGACAUAAUAAGGAUAAACCAUACUUUUGCACUGUGUGUGAUAUGAGGAGAAUAUGUCUUCACAAUAGCGCAUCUGUGAUAGUUGAAGCAGUUUUAUACGUUUUUUAUUGAUAUUUAGGUAGUGGUUGUUGUAACGUUUCAAUUGCGUUUAUAUUCUAAUUUGUGUAAGUAGCUAAGAGUCAAGCAAAAUAUGGGAUUUUCGUGCGUAUUUUUAAGACUGAAUUUGUUAGAAUUCCGUUCAUAGUAACAUUCGUAUUUUUAUGUUUGAAUUUGUUCCUAUUUAACUUCCUACGUUUGUUAUAGAAUAAGAAUGGAAAGUUUGAAAUA